AUGAAAAGCUCAGUUAUUCCCGAACAGGCAGGCAUUGGUUUCAACGCACAUUAUCGCGAACGUGUUGAUGAUGCUUACCCAGGUACAAGUGCUCCACAUCUAACAAAAACCGCUAGUGCUGAUAUCAUGGGAAAAAAAGGUGGAGAAAUGUUAGAGGAGCUCAUCCAACCAGGUGGUAAGGAGCGUUUGCGCCUGCCAAACAAUCAACGGCGGUUUAGGCAACGUAACAGUGCAGUGGAACGCAUUCUCGCUGAGUAG